AAAGUAGUCCAAAGAAAGAACUCGAAGAUCGAGAUUCUGAGCAGUGUCUUUGUCUGCCUCUGUACUCCAAACACGAUUCUUUCCUCCACCUUUUAAUUUCUCUCUCAAAAACCCUAAAACCCUUUGAAUUCAUGUAAGAAAAGUAUCAUUUUCUUUUAAAUUUAGUCGUAAUUUCGAAAACCCUUAGAACCCUUUUGAGUGUUUUGAAUCCCAUUUGCCUCGAAUAUAAUUUCCUUCUCUGUUUGAGUUCAUUUCAAGCUCCAUUUCUUGUAGAGAAAAACCCAAUUUCUCUCUGCUUUUCUUAGAACAAAGCUUGUAAAAUGGCAGCUCGAGCGCUGAAUAGCGCUCACAGAGCUUUAAAUUCGUUCUUGUUUAUUGUUUUAGCCUCAUUUUUGUUCAAUAUAGCUUUCAUUAGCGCUAAAUCAACCAUCGAGCCAUGUUCGAACGCCGAUUCUUGCAAUUCCCUUCUCGGCUACACUCUCUACACCGAUCUUAAGGUUUCUGAGGUUGCUUCGCUGUUUCAAGUCGACCCCAUUUCGAUUCUCACAGCCAAUGCCAUAGAUGUUUCAUACCCAGAUGUUGAAAAUCACAUUCUGCCUUCGAAACUCUUCAUUAAAAUCCCCAUUUCUUGUUCUUGCGUUGAUGGGAUUCGUAAAUCGGUUUCGACACGCUACAAGACUCGCCCGUCUGAUACUCUUUUGUCGAUUGCUGAUACUAUCUAUGCUGGUUUGGUCUCGUCGGAUCAGAUUCGUGAGGCGAAUUCGAUAUCAGAUCCCUCUGUUCUUGAUGUUGGACAGACACUUGUUGUGCCACUUCCUUGUACUUGUUUUAAUGGGACAGACAAUUCUUUGCCUGCUAUUUACUUGUCUUACGUUGUUCAAGUUGAAGAUACUUUGACAGGGAUUGCAGUUAGAUAUUCCACCACUAUUACUGAUUUGAUGAAUGUUAAUGCUAUGGGAAACCCGAGUAUUAAGGCUGGUGACAUCUUGGCCGUCCCCUUGUCAGCCUGUGCAUCUAAGUUUCCAAGAUACUCCUCCGACUUCGGCUUGAUCGUGCCAAAUGGAAGCUAUGCGAUUACCGCAAGCCAUUGCGUGCAAUGUAGCUGUGGGCCGGGGAAUCGCAAUCUGUACUGCAUGCCUGCUCCCUUUGCCGUUUCUUGUUCAAGUAUGCAAUGCAGAAACAGCAAUCUAAUGCUGGGGAACUAUACUGCCCAGCAGAGUAGUGCAGGUUGCAAUGUUACAUCUUGUAGUUAUGGUGGUUUUGUAAAUGGCACCAUAUUGACGACGUUGUCUUCGAAUCUUCAGCCUCGAUGCCCAGGGCCACAGCAAUUUCCCCCGCUUAAAGCCCCACCUACUACAGUAAUCAGAGAUUCAAAUUUUGCACCUGCACCUGCUCCUCAAUCUGAUGGCACUGGAUCACCUGCACCCAGAUCAGGAUUGAUCCCUUCAUCAAUUGGAUCUCUCCCCGGACUCCCGCCAGCCAGUGGCCCCGUUGGUACCGGGUUUAGUUCGCCGUCUUCCAGUUCUUCCUCGUCGUUGGCGAAUCCGUUAGGUAGUAUCCUUGCUGCCUUGAUGUUAUUUAUCGUUGCCUAUUUCUUAACAUCACUUUCAUUGUAAAGUUUUUUUUGGGUCUUUUUCUUUGAUUUCAUGUAAUUGUACUAUCUGUCUUGGGGGAUACCGCUUGUCUGUGUUACCGUUCAUGUAAGAUUGCUACUUGUUUCAUCCAUUUCAAGCUUGCUAUUUCUUAGACAUUGUUGAGAUGAA